CUUGAAUCUUUUUUUUUCACGUUUUGCUUUUUGUUUUCUUGUUCUUCUACUAUUUAUGAUAAUGAAUCUUGUUUUUAUCGCUUCUUUAUACAUAUUUGUUCUUAUUUCGAAUACGGUCGCUGUAGAAUAUCCUAAUGACCAACAUUCACCCUUUUCAGACUUGCAGCCUGCCAAUGAGCCACCAGCUGUUGUUGCGCCUAUCAACGAACCCGUACCUAUAAACAAUGGGAAAACACAAUCGGCGAUACAGGAGAACACGAACAUUAUAUAUCACUCGCCAGAAUCAGGAGAUGAUGCAAUUGCUAUUUUACACUCACCCAUUGAAGACCACGAGGAGCAAGGCGACGAAAUAGGAGAAGAAGAAAUCGAGGAUGAUGUUCACUCGAUCAAUCAUGAAGAUACCCUACAUCCUCACACAGAGGACGACAUAUACGAUGAUGGAGACGGCGAAUAUAUGCACGACGAAGAUGACGAAGUGGAUGAUGAAGAUACCUUUUUAGAUGAUGAGUAUGAGGACGAGGAUGAUGAGGAACACGAUGAUGAAGAAUUAUACGAUGAAUACAUCGAAGAGGACGGGCUGGUGAAUGAUAUAGAGGAAUACGACAACAGUGAAUCGGUUGAGGACGAUGUGAACUCAUGGCGUGAAAGUUCUCCCACCGAGUUUCGUAAUAAAGAGUCCGAGGACUUUGAAAAGCUGGCUUCGGCGCUGUUGCAACACGAGGACAGCAGUUCCAUUCAUUCCCAGCAACAUGCAGCAAAGUCCGUUGACCAAGCCAACGAAGCCAACCUCAUGGAAAUGGAUGUCGAAGCUAUUGUUGAUGCUGCGCUCGAUGAAAUUCUCGAAAACGACGCAACGGAGGCAUCAGAUGACACUGAUCGGCCCAUACCCGUUUCCCCUGAAUCCGUAUCCGGUCUGCCUUCCGAGGAACUUGCAACGAAACAUACAAGUUCCCAUCGGUUAUGGCCGUGGUACUUUGUUUUAUUGUUUUUCAUCCUCCUCUUUUAUCUCAAAUUCUCAAAAAGCAAGACGCUUGCCGACUAUUAUCGCUUGGGAUCCAACUUGGACAAGACAGGAAAACUACCGUUACACACAAAACAUCUCGAUAAAGAAGGAGGCAAUGGCGUUGACAGCACCGUAGAUAUUUUCCACAACUAUAGUCACGCAGAAUCUUCACCGAUAGCUGCGCUGGGAAAUCGACGUGCAUCGGCCAGCUAUUUACUUUCCGCGCCGCGGCCUGGGCGUGGACGACGAUUGGCUCACCAUCAUUCUGUAGAUUACAGCAUGCACUCCAACCGACAUGCUCUGUGGGAAGAUUGGAAAGCGGAAGAAAACGAAUGGUGAAAACGCACUCUUAUCGACCCAAGUUGGUGGCCGCAGCCAGCGUUGCUUUUGUACACUAUCACCCUCUCUCCUUUUUAUUUUUUAUUUUUUGUUGUUUUGCGGUUGCAUCUGGAGC